UGCCACGCCCAUCAAAGGAAGAGUAUCAUCUAGUACAUUCUCUGGCCCUGAACUUUCCAUCUUUGUUUCUAAUUUUUAUAUUAUUUCUGAGGUUUCAUUAAGUUUGGCUUAAAGGCAUGCUCCUGUCAUCCUCCACCUCUUCUAAGUGCCCCUUCUUGUCAAGAGUGUCAAAUUCCUUCAUUGCUCACUCUGGUCCUUCCUUGGGUCUCUAUUCCCAGCGCUGUCCAGUUAUGUCUCGCCUCCUACAUACAGCGACCAAAGCUCCUGUGUCUGGCAAAUGUCCCUUUGCAGCUCGCAGCAUCAAUGCAGAGCGUCUCUAUCUCUCUGUUCACAGCAGCCUUCCAAGAGCUAAUACUUCAGCCAGUGCUGCUCUUUCCUGCCCUUACAAGGCGUUUUCUCGCAGUUUCUCGACUUCUGCUCCGCUGGCUGCAAAAACAAGCUCUGAGAAGAAUGCAAACUUCAAGGAGGGAAUUAUACCUCAAGGUAAUUGUCCAUUCAGUUGGUCGGAUAUGAUAAGUGCAACUAUUAAGGAUAAGUUUCAAAAGUUGACCAAGACCCCACAACUGGUUGCUAAGGAUACAAAGGAAGGCAACGCUGUACCACUAACUGCUGAUGGUGGCUUGGACUACGAAUCCUUCUUCCAGCAGAAGGUCCAAGAUAAAAUAGACGACAGCACUUAUCGCAAUUUCCGAGUUUUGGCCCGUAAUGCUGGGCACUUUCCAACUGCAAAGCAUUUCAAUGAUCCUUCCAUCCCAAUAGAAGAAGGAAGGGACAUAACAGUUUGGUGUUCGAAUGAUUACAUGGGCAUGAGUAAACAUCCUGAUGUAUUGAAAGCUACAAUUGAUACUAUUAGUCAGCAUGGUAUUGGAGCUGGGGGGACUCGUAAUAUUUCAGGAACCAGUUACUAUCAUUGUGCACUUGAGAAGGAGGUUGCUUCCCUGCAUCGAAAAGACGCUGGACUCAUUUUCAGUUCUUGCUACGUUGCCAAUGAUGCCUGCCUCUCAACCCUCUGUAGCAUGUUGCCGGAUUGCGUAAUAUUCUCCGAUGCCGGAAACCACGCCUCCAUGAUUGCCGGUAUACGUCACAGUGGAGCAAAGAAGGAAAUAUUUCGUCACAACGACCCAGCCCACCUUGAGCAACUUUUGCAAAAAUACGACCCUCACCGACCGAAAUUAGUUGCUUUUGAGUCAGUGUACUCAAUGAGUGGCAAUAUUGGGCCUAUCAAAGAGAUAUGUCAAGUUGCAAAGAAAUACAACGCCAUUACGUUCAUUGAUGAAGUACAUGCUGUUGGUCUUUAUGGUGACCAGGGAGCAGGUGUGGCAGAGAGAGACGGUCUCUUGGACCAGUGUGACAUUGUUUCUGGUACUCUCGGGAAAGCUUUUGGAGCUGCAGGAGGUUACAUAGCUGGUUCCAAGUACCUCAUCGACAUGAUACGUAGCUAUGCAUCUGGUUUCAUAUUCACCACGGCCAUGCCCCCAAUGCAAGCUGUAGCUGCACUUACUUCCAUUAGGAUCCUUAGAGGAGAGGAAGGGAAAGGAUUACGAAGGCGUCAUCAAGCUGUUGUCAAGCAAUUGAGAGCUGCUUUGACUGGAUCAGGGCUUCCUGUCCUACCUAGCCCCAGUCACAUUAUACCACUACAUGUUGGUAAUGCUGAAUUGUGCACUAAAGCUUCAAGGCUAAUGAUGGAGAAGCACGGAAUCUAUGUACAAGAUAUAAAUUAUCCAACAGUUGCUCGUGGAGAAGAAAAACUCCGGAUCGCCCCCACUCCUCAUCACACUGAUGCAAUGAAAAUGGUUUUCGUUGAUGCUCUCCUUGAUACCUGGGCUGAAUUAGGACUGCCUCUGGUUGAAAGACCAGUUGCCCCACAGCCUGCUUGCUUCAAGUUGUCUCUUGAUUUGCCUCCUUCGUUUGCUCCUGGAGCGGCAGCGAUUGCAGUUCAAGCUUGAUAAUAGUCAUAAUGAUGAUCAUCACAUUAUUUAUUAUUAUCAAUAUUGUUGGUAGUGACUGUAUUAGAAAGAAUCAUUCUUUCUCUGAUUUCUUUAGAAAAACCAUUGAUAAUCAAAUUAAA